AUGCGACAGAUUCAAUGUUCGACUCUCUUUACCUGGCCUUCAUCUUCUGAGAACGAACAGUCUGCUUGCGGUUCCUAUGAUGGAACUGUUUUCGCCAUGUCCUACGAGCACUCGGGCAUCCAUGAGACAGGUCCCACCCGACUUAAGGCCGAGUUCAUCGACCCAGAGGCCCAUUCCGCCCCAGUUACCGCGCUGGCUAUCUACGAUAACACUGUAGCCUCAGGGAGUGCUGAUGAGGCUAUUCAACUCUUCUCGCUGUCUCGCCACAUCAGGAUGGGUUGCCUAGAGCUGCAUACCGGCAGUGUUCGUCACCUCGUCUUCGCAGACUCGCGUCACCUCUUGAGCGCGGGAGAGGAUGCCUGUCUGGGAGUGUGGCGUCGCAGCGGCGGCCGUGAUCGGGGCGCUAGCGCGUGGCAAUGCAUUCGUCAGAUGCGACGUCAUAAGGCUCCCAUAAUCUCUAUCCUCCUCCACCCCUCUUUACUUCUCGCCUUCAGCCUGGCCGAUGGCGAGGGUGACCACACUUUUCGUAUAUGGAGCCUGACCCACGGCCGUCAGGCUUAUACCACUCGUCUGCGCGCACUCAACGCCGAAGGCGCCACUGCGCUGGCUGCAGUUGUAGUUCCGGAGCCGCCUCGCCAUCACCACCACCUUCUCCUCCUCUUCGUCACUCCUCCAUCCUCCACUCACUCCCACCGUCUUGACUUUAUUGACCUCACGCAGGUUAGACAGAAGGCCCUCUUUAGCGCUAGGUUUCCCACUCUUCUCUCCGUGUCUCCGGUCGUUUUUCAUGUGGAGGAGGCUUGUCUCUACCUUCUAGCAGGCAUUGGUAAUGCGCUCAACGCAUACCGAUGCCACCUUACAGAGAAUAAGAUGGAGUUGGUGGCAAAGACAAAAGUCCCAGGAAAGAGAUUCAAGUUCCUCAAAGCGUUACCAUGGCCGGAUGAGUUGGUGAAAGCGGAACCGGAGGUGUAUGGAGGGCGAAGGCGACUGGUAGUCCUUGUCACUACCGAUAUGGAUGGCUCAUAUGUGCGAGGAUAUGCGGUUGACCUGGAAGCCACUUCCACGACAGCAGCUGAGGAUACUGUUCCAUCGUUAGCAUUACGUCCUGUCUUCACCUACGAUAUUCAUGCCAUUCGGCUUACUCAGGUGGACGCUGCGUGGACAUCUGGUGUUGGUGAAGUUACAGAGGAGGAGGUAGAUCAUACUGUAUCUGCUGAAGGUGCUGAGGGGAUGGAAAUUUCUGAUGACGAAGGUGAAAGCGGUUCGGAGGAAGAAGAAGAUUUAGGAGACAAGGAGGACGCUUCGAUGCUCGAAAAGCUUAUCAAGCACGUCAUUGAUGCAGCGAAUCUGAGCAUAAUGCCCACAAUAUUCGAAGCUGUGCUGUAUGGAAAAGACCUAAGUAAAGGGGUUUGUGGAACGCCUACCUGA